CGGGCCCGCGGGUGUGGGCGCGCGUGGGAGCGGCCCUGUGAGACCGGCGUGCGCAGCCACGUUGCGGACGGCUCCUUUGGUCUCCUUUAACUUUCUCUUGUUCUUGUCGCGGUGGCCGGGCUCCCGGGCCUGAUUCCGGGUCCCCUCACGACGCCGGCCUCGCGGAGGCCUGAGGGAGGUUUGGGGGCCGAGGCUCGCGGCCGAGCGGAGGUGGGCGGUGCGGAUUGCCGGGCAGCUGGGUGGUCGGCUCCGUGGGGCUUUGGUCCGGAGAAGGGGGCACCCCCGCCCCAAGAAGGGGGGACCCAGCCGCGUCGGACGCCGCGCGCCCUGCUCGCUGUCCCGGUCCGCGCCUGCGACACCGGGCGCUGGGUCUGGGGAGAGCAGCUCAGCUGAGGGGUUCAUCUGCGAUGUUUCAGAAACUUUAGCAACGGAGGGCGCUUAAACUAUCACUUCCUUUGGUUUUUGCAAACUGCAGUCUACCCAGUUUUUUAAAAAAUAAAUCUUUAUUUUUACGUUGUUAGUUUAGUACAGUACGUAUUUGCAGCACAGAAUGACUAUAUUCAUCAUAGGGACCAAGUAGAUUUUAGAUUUGACUUCCACCUCUCCAUUUUCUUCUUUUCUCUGCUAUGGUUUCUUAAAAGUACAGAAAGGUACUUUCUGUAUAGUAUAUUACACCCUGUAACAUCUGGAUAAAGUAGACGUAAGAUGCCAAGCCGUUGACUCUUUUAGAAUACUUAUAAUAAGCCACGGGUUGAUUUUGUAAUUAAAAUAUUCUGAUUCACACUGCAGGUAGGCAACUCUCAAUAGGCUUCUCAAUAAUGUAAAGAAAAAGCCUAGAAAAUAUCGAUAAUUAAGAAAAUGGUAUUUACCGGUUUAAUAUUUUGUGUGUAAGAUUUUGGUUCUUUUUCUAGAAAUGUUAACACUUACUUGCCUUUGAGAGCUCAGACUUGAAAGGAUUUGCUUUUUAUCAUCGCUUGUGUUUUUGUAGUUUUUGCUAACGACCGUGAAUUCGCUUUAUAGCAGGGGAGAAAGCGUAAUAAAAUUUUUUUUAACCUUCCAAGAAAAAAUGUUUUUAAAAUGUCUUAAAAUUUACUUGCUUCGCUUGAAUUAUAAUUGUGCAUUUAUAAACAAAACUAAUAAAUUGAGGGAUUAAUUCAGGUUGAAAGAAAAUCAGUUUGAGAUUCUUAUACGACAUCUGGCAGAGCUAUCUAGUUCCCAGAUUAUUGCUUUAAGGUUUUUUUCUGAAGUCAGGUUCAGAGUUAUGGACGUUGGAGACAGCAGUGGAUUUGUGGUAGUUAGUGCUGCAAGAGUGUAAAAACUCAUUCAAAGAAAUGUAGAAUAAGAAGAGGAAGAUCAAAUAUGGGAAAAUAAUGUUUAUAUGGUGUGUAAAGACUGUCAAGGACUGAGGAGGAGCAUUCAGGAAAGAGGGAGGCUAAGAGAGAGGGAGGCCCUAGAACUCUGGAGAGGACAGAAGUCUGUCCAGGAAUCACAUGAGUCAGAAGGGUUGGGAGGUUAGGAACUGAUCAAGUUGGCUUUGGUAAUUAGGAGACAAGCAUUGACCUCAGCAAACUUAAGUGGAAUGGUAAAGAUAGAAAGCAAUGAUUUUAAUAAUAGAGGAUAAAGAAGUAAAGAUAGUGAGUGGAAAAUCUGUAUUUUGAGAAGCAAAGAAUAGGAAAAACAACAGCAUGGUUAUUAGGAGUCAGAUGGAAAAGAAUACAGAUUGUAGAAUAGCUGUAUGUUAAAGUGUAUCAUUAUUCCUCUCCUAUAGCAUUAUUACUGUCUUAUAGUUAACUAGCAGGCACCAAGAAGCAACUGAAUAUAUUGCUUUAUAAAUAAAAGUAUACCAUAUGGCUCUUUUACACAUUAUAUUUGUUAUGUUCUUCCACACUGAUGUGGAAAUUUUUAUUGCUACGAAUCAUUCUGUGACUCUUACCACACUUUAUCAUCUUGUUAAUGGAUAUUUAAGGUAUUUUCAAGCUUUUUAAAAAUGUUUACAUUUUGCAAUUAAAAGCUAUUUUGUUAUGAUCAUGCCAGUCCAUGUUUCUUUAUAUCUAUGUCCAAGAAUUUCCUAGUACUUUAAAUCUAGGAACAGAAUUGUGGGUCUUCAGUUUUGUUAGGUAACACUGAAUUGUUUUAUAAAGUGGUUAUACCAGUUUAUACCUUUACAAGCAGUAAGUAUUCAUUCUGUUCUUUUCUUGUCGACAUAUGAGACAUUUGUAUGUGUGUUACCAAAUUUUUGAUUUUUGAUAAAUGGAAUGGUAGCCUGACAAUUUAAUUUGGAUUUCUUUAAUUAUUGAUGAUGUGAAACCUUUCAUAGUUCCUGUUCUGAAGGAUGCCUGUUUAAAUCUUUUUACCUAUUUUUUAUUUAUUUUUGUCUUUAAAAAUUAAUUUCUGGAAGUUCCUUAUAUACUCCAGAAAUGAAUCCCUUGUAAGUUAUGCAUGUGGCGAAUAUCUUUUCAGUAGUCAGCCUGUCUUUUACUUUCUUUAUAGUGUCAUAAAGAAUACAUCCUAUUCUAUAAUGUAACUAUGUCAACUUUUUUAUGACUUGUACUUUGUUUUUCUUCUUUUUUAAUAUUUAUUUUUUAUUAGUACAUGUUUGCAGUAGAUAAUCAUUAUAUCUAUCAUGCAUGACUUGUACUUUUGGCAUCUUGUUAGCAAAUCUUUCUUUGCCCUGAGAUCACAGAAGUAUAAGCUGAUAUUUUCGGUUAAAAGCUUUAAAAUGGUAAAAAAAAAAAAAAGUUUUAAACUGUUGUUUUCCUUAGGGAUAUAUAGGAACUACCUGUAGUUUUUCAACUUUGCUAUGAGCCUAACACUACUCAAAUAAGCAUCUGUUAAAAUGAUAUCUUUCAUAUUUGUGUCCUUAAUCCAUACAGAAUUGGUUUUUAUGUCUUGUGAAGUAGGAAUUCAGUUUCUUUCUUUUUCUAUGUGAGUAAUAAGUUUUUCCCAACAUUUAUUGAAUAUUUUGGGUUUUUUUCCUGUCUUUAUUUAUAUGUAUCAUAUGUCUUUAUCCUAUAGACUUACUUGUUUUAGUUGUAUAAUGAACCUGAUACCCACUUAUGCAUCUUUUAAAACUAAACUUCUUAGCUGGUCAUGGUGGUGUAUGUGUGUAAUCCCAACACACAGGCAGCUGAGGCAGGAAGAUCAUUGUGAAUUCAAGACUAGCCUGAACUACAUAACAAUACCCUGUCUCAAAAAAAGAAAACUCAAACAAACAAAAAUCUAGAUUUCUCAGAUUGAGAUUAAUUUUUUAAUUUACAUGUUUGCAGUACAUAAUAAUUACAUUCAUUAUGGGGAAUUGGUACAUGUAUAUAACAUAGCUCAAUUUGGUUUUUUUCCCCUUCCUUUCCACCUUCCCACCACCUUUUUAAAGUCUUUUCUUGGCCAACAUCAAAUUCAUUUAUUGCUUUGUUUUAUCCUGUUUUGAUUGGUUUUAUUCUAUUUUGUUUUAUUCAGUUUUACUAUGUCUGAGGAAAUGGACAACUAUUGUGAAGAUAACAGGAUAUAUUAUGGUAGCCAUGUUGAUGACCUAUUGUCCUGUUUUGAAAUUAUGUUCCACUGUUAGUGCUUUGUUUUGAUUAGCUUUAUUCUGUUUUGUAUUGUUGGGUUUUAGUCUCCUUAAAAUUUAAAAAUACACAGAAACACUAAAUCUACUGGAAAAGAAGGUAGGUGGAAAUCUUGAAGAAGGAGAGGUAGGCAGAGAGUUUAUGAACAAAAACAAACUGCACAGCAAGUACUUCACAGAAUCAAUAACUGGGAUCUCACAGUAUCUAUAAAAAAUUACCAACAAUGUGAAAAGACAACCCACAGAGUGGGAAAAAACUUUAUCCAACUGUUCCUCAGACAAAGGUCUUCUAUCUGGAACAGAUAAAGAAUUUUAAAAACUCAGACCACCCCCCAUUCAAAGACUCAAUCCAAAAAUGGGCAUGUGAGAUGAAUACACACUUCUCAGAUAAAUAAAUACAAACAGCAAAUAAAUAUAUGAGAAAAUGUUCAACAUCAUUGGUCAUUUGAGAAAUGCAAAGUAAAACAACACUUAGAUUCCAUCUUACCCCAGAAUGAAUGGCAACCAUCAAGAAAUCAAUCAGUAACAAAUGCUGGAGGGGCUGGAGGGGAAAAAAAACCCUUCUCCACUGUUGGUGGGAGUGCAGACCAAUAUAACCACUGUGGAAAUCAGUGAGGAGAGUCCUCAAAAAAGUAGAAUUAGAGGUUCCAUUCCACCCAGCUAUUCCCCUUAGGAGUAUUUUCCUAGAAUAAUUAAAACAUACCACACUGAUAUAUGUGCACUCUUGUUUAUAGCAGCACAAUUUGUAAUAGUAAAAUGUUGCAAACAAAUGCCCACCAACUGAGGAAUUAAUUUAAAAGAUGUGGUAUUUUUAUACAAUGGAGUACUACUCAGCUGUAAAUAAGGAUAAAUUUGAGAUAUUUAUAGGGAAAUGGAAGCAACUUGAGACCAUACUCAUAAGUAAAAUAAACUCCCAAACAUCGUGUUGUCUCCCUAGUGUAAGAAGCUGGAAAAGUAAAUAAGAUCCAGAUGUACAAUAGAACUAUCAACCUGUCUUUAGUUUUCAUAAAUCUAAUUUAUGAGAGAUAAUUUUAAUUUGAAAAGUAAAUGUCAGAUUUUCAUUUUUUGAGUAAAGAAGCACUGGAGCAACAUUUUUACUGAAAAAAAAAGCCAAAAAAUAAUCAAUUAUAGAUAUUUUAAAAAUAAUUCCAUGCCAAAAUUUAAGAGAAGUCUGAAAAUAUGACAGAGUAAAGAAGCUCUUAAGUCCUGUUUGCUUUGAGGAUAUUUACCAAACUGAGGAAACUUAGUGGAGUUGAAUAGGAGUUGUGCUUGCUUUCUGUGCUCUCAGGAUAGUUGGAAGUCAGCCCAGGGCUCAUUCAAGGGAAGCUAACAAGAGGCGUUCUGCCCCUAAUUCUGGAAUCUCAAAGGGCUAUUUAGUCAUGAAAAGGGUGAAAACUCACUUUACCUUUAAACAACUUGAAGGAAAAUAAAAUGGGGUGACGCUGUCCUUGGAAGGUUGUGACUACUAAAUAGAUCAUAGGAGAAAAGUUCCCAUUACCUUGGUAGUCUGAAAACAAUUUCAAGAUGUGAUUCUUAAAAAUGAUUUUUUGUGUAGUUUAUCUUUUAAAAAGAUGGUUUCUUGUUUUUUAGAUUGUUUGUUUGUUUGUUUGUUUGUUUUUGGUGCUAAGGACCGAAUCCAGAGCUUCCAGCUUGCUAGACAAGUGGUCUAUCACUGAGCUAAAUCCCAGUCCCUAAGAUGGUUUCUUUUGCAGUGUCACAGUUAUAGGACUGUAUGAAGAGGCCAUAUAUCUCCUGUAAUCAUACCUUUUAUAAAAUGAUUUUUAAAGGUAUAAUUCAACAUGAAAUUCACUACUUUAAAUUGUAGAAUUCAGUGGUUUUUCAUAUAUUCAUGGCAUCAUACAAUCAUCGUUACUAAUUCAAGAACAAUCUUGCCCCACCACCACCAAAAGAAACCUUCCAGAUACAGUUUUAAUGCUUGAAGUGAUCCAUGUAUCUUUUAACCAGUGAGAAUCUCUUGAAGUUAACUCUUGAGUCCUGCUGCAUCUUUUAAAGAUUACUACUUAAGUGUUUAUGGAUGAAAUUACAAGAAUGGAAUUUAUUUUUAAAAAAACUAAAAGACAGGGUUGAUAAUAAAAAUUAAAAGUUUGUAUCUUUUAUUGAGUAUUCGAAGUUGAAUGUAAUGGCAGCAGAAUUUAUAAAGAGUUGCUGUAGAGGAUGUUUUUAUGGUCAAGCAGAAAAGCAAGAGUUAUCUAUGGAAAGAGACUUUAAAACUACAGUUACCCAAAAUACAACUGUAUCUAUACCUCCAUUGACUUCUGUUUCUGUCAAGUCUCAGAUUGGCUGUAGUGAGGAUUAUUUGCUUUCCAAAUUACCAUCUGAUGGGAAACAAGUGCCAUUUGUGGUACCCAAGUUUAGGUUGUCUUAUAUUCAGCCCAAAACACAAGGAACACCUUCACAUCUGGAAGAACUUGAAGGCUCUGCCCGGGCAUCUUUUGGAGAUCGAAAAGCAGAACUUUCCGGUCUAUCCCAGCAUGGACCCAGCUAUGAUGUGUAUAACCCAUUCUACAUGUAUCAACACUUUUCACCUGAUUUGAGUCGGAAACGGUUUCCUCAUUCAGAAGCAACAAGACUGUAUGGAUCAGUUUGUGAUUUAAGGACCAGCAAACUACCUGGUUCCCCUGGACUGAGCAAGUCUAUGUUUGAUCUUACGAGUUCAUCUCAGCGAUUCAUCCAGAGACAUGAUUCAUGGUCCAGUGUACCCAGCAGUUCUUCUUCAAGAAAAAAUUCUCAGGGGAGUAACAGAAGCCUAGAUACAAUUACUCUAUCAGGAGAUGAAAGAGAUUAUGGGAGACUGAAUGUGAAAUUGUUUUAUAAUUCUUCAGUGGAGCAGAUCUGGAUCACAAUUUUACAGUGCAGAGAUUUAAGUUGGCCUUCUAGUUAUGGAGACACACCCACUGUUUAUAUAAAAGGAAUACUAACAUUACCCAAACCAGUACAUUUCAAAUCUUCAGCCAAGGAAGGUUCCAGUGCUAUUGAUUUUAUGGAAACUUUUGUAUUUGCUAUUAAACUACAACAUCUACAAACUGUGAGGCUUGUAUUUAAGAUUCAAACCCAGACUCCCAAGAAGAAAACUAUUGGAGAGUGCUCUCUGUCACUCAGAACACUUAGCACACAAGAAAUGGAUUACUCUUUGGAUAUAAUACCACCUUCAAAAAUUUCUGUUUGCCAUGCAGAACUUGAACUGGGGACUUGUUUUCAAGCAGUAAAUAGCAGGAUUCAGCUGCAAAUUCUUGAGGCACAAUAUCUUCCAAGCUCAACACCUCUGACUCUAAGUUUUUUUGUGAAGGUGGGAAUGUUUAGCUCAGGAGAAUUGAUUUAUAAAAAGAAGACACGCUUAUUGAAGGCCUCCAAUGGAAGAGUAAAGUGGGGAGAGACUAUGAUUUUUCCACUUACACAGAAUGAAAGAGACAUUGUUUUUCUCUUUAAACUUUAUAGUCGAAGCUCUGUCAGAAGAAAACACUUUGUGGGCCAGGUUUGGAUAAGUGAAGACAGUAAUAGCAUUGAAGCAGUGAACCAAUGGAAAGAGACAAUUACAAAUCCAGAAAAGGUUGUUACCAAGUGGCACAAAUUAAAUCCAUCUUGACUUUACACAUUUGUUUGCUGAAGAAACAACUUGAUAUUCUAUUAGAAGACAUAUAAUUUCUAUUUUCAAAAAUAAUAAUGAAUUUUAUCAGCUAUCCAAAUUGAAGGGAAUCCUUUAAAACAGUGCCCAACUAUAAUAAAAUAAAAGCAUAGUAUUAAAAUCUAUGAGAAUAUCAACUGUAGAUAGAUACUUCUGAGUUAUAUUUUUGGAUGUUUUUUAAAGCUUUACCUAGAUAUCCAAAACCUAAUAUAUAAAGUUCCUAUUAGUACUCUUAGACAUUUAUAACACUUUCCCACUAUUUCAGUGCUAGGAAUUAUUGAUUAGAUCUUGGUCAUUUCAACCACAGUAUUUUCUAUCUUUAGGGAAAGUUUUUAUUCUGUGUUUAUAAUUUCUUACUAUGUGGCAUUAUAUGCUACUUUGUAAGGACUUAUCUCCAAGAAACAUCAGAAAUAGAAAACUAUACUUGGCAAGAAUAAAUGAAAACACCAGAAGGCUAAAGCUUAAUUUUAAGACACAGAAUUGUAUAUAUUUUGCUAUUUUUCCUUCCUCAGAUAUUUUACGCUUUAUUUUAUUUGAAGUUGAAAUAAAAGAUAUAUAUGUUCUGUUCUAAUUAGGAGAGUCAAAAGUUUAAAUAGCAGAUUUAGCAUUUAUGAUACUUUCUUGUUUUAGUUUUUAAAUAUAUUUAUUCUAGAAUCUAUAAUGUUAGAAUAUUUUUUAUAUUUUUUAAGGACCAUACUUGAUGAUGCUGUGUAACAAAUAAGAUUCUCUUGUUUGCAUUAGAACUCAGUAUAUUGAUAUAAGUUCAGCUUAGUUGACCAUAAGAACUGUGGCCAAAAAGAAUAUUUUUCUUGAGAAACAACAGUAUCCCUAAUCUUUGGAAAAUUUGAUUUUCUCUUUGCUGAUAAGUAGGCCACACACUGUGUUCUUGAUCUUCCAUUUUUUGUUUCUAAUUUGGUCCUCAAAUACCAAAAGAUGUGUGAUUUUAGGCCAGAAGUGUAUCUUGCUAUAAAAGAAGCAUUCUUUCUUUA